GUACACCGAUGGCGGCCACAACAAACUCGAGAACCCAGCACUACUGACGUUUCUCUUUCGGCUUCUUCGUUUUGCCCCUACGAUUUCGUUUGCAAAACAUGUCCCAUCCUUAGAUCUGGACAUUGGUCGAUAUCAACUUAACGAAAUUCACCACACACGAAACCAAACAAACAAUAAUGAUGGAACCCAUGAUUGCAAUGUCAUCCCACAGAGAGCAUGUUCAUAGGUUACCAAGUCUGAACAAUCUUUUGGAAUCGGAGGUCAUCUUGGGUGAAGAUGAAGGGACAUCUUCCUGUGAUGGGGAAGAUAGUGAAAUGCAUUCUGCGUUGGAAGAUCUCAGUGAGACUAACACAGCUGAUCUCAAGUUCCAUGACUGUAGCCUGUCUUCUAGUAUUGCCGAUUCAGCUGUCAUGACUGAUCAAGAACUUCAGCCAGACAUGAGCAGACUCUCUCUUUCACAAUCCUACUAUAAACCUGAAGAAGAAAUGAACAGACUUCCACUUUCUCAGUCUUACUACAAACCAGAAGAGCCUUCCAUGACUAGAAGUAUGUUGCCCAGGAGUAACAGUACUCUGUCAAACCGAACGUCUUCCAGCUCCAGAUCUAGAGACCAGCAAAGACUGGUGGCGCCUCGUCUAAGCUAUGCUGAUAAUGGUAGCUCAGGCAGCAAGGGUCGAUAUUCUUCACCCUCUCCUUUUGCAACACGGCGGACUGUAUCUGUAUCAGGUCCGAAUAGCCAGCCUACUACUCCGUCUACGUUACGGAAACCUCCUACGUGUUCUCCAACUUCCACGCGACCUGCAGUUCCACCUAAACCGAUUGGCCUAACCCGUCAGCCAUCCACACUAAAGGCGAAAACCCCCGAGAGUCCAAUGACGCCAAGACGCAGUAGCAGCGUCCUUUCCACCACAACCUCUCCAACAGCAAAGUCGUUUGUAGCCUCUGGGAAACAGCCUUCGGUUAUUCGAACCAACAAACCAGUGACGCCCACCAAGCCUUUGACACCUCCUAAGCGAACAGACGAAAGAUUCGCAACCCUAGGUCGUCGACCCAAACUCAGUUCACCGGUUAUAUCGACUUCGAUGAGUGGAGGCACGUCCAUGGAGAUUACCGCAGCUGCUCGUGAAACUAAAGCCGCCGCAGACAAAUUCGCUACUUUGCCUAGGCGAAAAAUAACAAAGGAUCGGCCAUGUCUUCCAAAACCACAACGAGAACCGGAACCGUUUUCCCGGAUGGACGGUAAUGCCACGCUACCACGUCCGAUGAAGAAAGUGAGCAGCCCAACUUUGCCUGGUCCAAUUAUGAAGCCCCGGACGGUGAUUUACAUGGAGAAAUCUGCUCAAACAGAGAUGUCUCAUAAGGAUGUCAGGGAGGGUCUAGAGGCCUGUCAUAAACUUCGCAGUUUAUCCUGGCAACAGCAGAACAAUGAAGAAGCUCGUCAGCUGGAGCGAAUGCUUAUGCAGAGCAAAGAGGAAGCUGAAAUGCUCCAACAAGAGCUGGACGAAGAACGUGAAGAACGUCAAAUAGUUCAACGAGAACUGGAAAAAACAACUCAACGUGUAGCUGCAAUGCUUGAUUCUAUGGAGGGUGUCGAAAGAGAAUUUCAUACACGCGGUGAUUCUCUCAUCCAUCUUGAGACUAAUCUUCAGACGUCGUCGCAAACGAUUUCCGCUUUGCAAGAGCAGUUAGAGGCUCAGGAUGCGGCGCUGCUCGCGCAACGUUUAGAGCUCAACCGAAGUUUGCAAUCUGAGAAGGCACUUUUGCAGCAGAUCCAAGAAAACGAAUCAGAGAGCCGUGAGAUGAUGGAAUUUUUGCAAGCAGAGAAACUUACCUUGCAUGACGCCGUUCGUGACUCUGAAUCCGAAAUGGGGUUGCUAAAAUCCCAACUUGAGGAUUCCCAACGACUCUUGUUGCUUAAAGAAGAAGAAUGCCAACAUUUGGUUCGAUUGGCCGAGCAGAGGCGACAUGAGCUGGCUGCUUUGCAAGCUGACUUGAAGGGAGCUGAAGGUCGCACUGGCUCUGUGCUUUUGGCUCAAGGAGCUCAGCUUUCGGCCGCCGCUCUGGCGUUGGUAAAGCUUCAUUCACGCAUGGAUGGUAUUCUACAAAUCAUUUUGCAAAGCCAUGCCCUACCCGCUGCUGAAUUAGAAGCGCUUGUCUUCCCCAACGAGGCUUAUCGGGACGACAAACCAAAUAUCCCAGCAAUGGAAUUUACGAAUUUAAUUGAAUUCUCCCCAACGGCUAAUGCUGUAGAACUGGAUGUAAACGAGACCGAAACUUUGACAACGCCAGAGCAAACGCAGCCGAUUCAGCGGCUAGUUGGAAGCACCAGCCUACAAGACCUGAGUGACGCCAUCAAUCUCACCCGUCGUCGGCCUCCUGAAGGCCGAGAAGAACCCAACCCGGUAGUAGAUGAAGAAUUACGACUUGCUGCUUCACUGGUCGACCAAAUUGACGAAGCUGACCACGUUCUAUCAAAACUGUUGCGAGUUGUACGACGCUUGAUUUUGGACAAGGAUUCUACCCUGCAGCAACUAAGCGACGAAAAAGAACAACUGUUAGCAAGUCUUAGCGCUCAAACUGUCGCUCUGUUAGAGGCAAAGGAGGAACUGAAUAAGCUGCGAAAAGCAGGAGAAGAAGUUGAACCAAUAACGAUGGAAAAGGUCGUUGACUUAGGUUCCUAUUGCAGCCGCUGGAAUGAUCUCUCUGCUCGGCCAGAUGCUCAAGUGUGCUGGUCAAAAUCCGUCUCGCAAGUGUUGGAAACAUUGCCGAUAGAUAUUUUGCACGCCCACCCGGCCUUGCAGCAACUUUUACAUAAAUUGAUUUCCAACUUUGAUGAUGAACACGAUCCUAACGCCAAUGGUUCGGGCUAAAAAUAUCCUAAACAGCUUCCAA